AUGACGAACCGAUCCUCUCUCACAGAGUUCAUCUUGGUGGGUCUGUCCAGCCUCCCUGAAUACCAGAUGUUCCUCUUUGUGUUACUCAUCUACAUACCAGCCCUCGCUGGAAACCUCCUCAUCGUCCUCACUAUUACUACCAGCACCAGCCUCCAGAUCCCCAUGUAUUUCUUGCUUAUCAACUUGUCCUUGAUAAACCUUUUAUCCAUCUCAGUAUCCAUUCCCAAAAUGCUGCACAACCUUCUGGAGCACAAGAAGACCAUUGCCUUCUUAGGUUGCAUUACACAGAUCUAUCUCUUCACUUGGACUCUGGGAAGUCAAGCUCUGUUCCUUGCUGCCAUGGCUUUUGACCAUUACGCUGCUGUCUGCCAUCCUUUGCAUUACACCAUCAUCACGAGGAAGGAGGUUUGUGUUGGUUUAAUCGCUGGCAUAUGGACAGCAGGGGUGAUCAAUUCUGCAGUCCACACUGGAUUUGUGCUCCAGCUGUCCUUCUGCUGCUUGAAUGUCAUCAACCAUUUCUUUUGUGAAUUGCCACCAAUACUAAAACUCUCCUGCUCAGACACCAGCCUCAGUGAAACCCUGGCUUUUCUGGCUGACACAGUCUUUGGGAUGGGGAGCUGUGUGGUAACUUUAACGUCCUAUUACUUCAUCCUGAGAACUAUCUUGAAGAUUCGCUCCACAGAAGGCAAGAAGAAAGCCUUCUCCACCUGUUCCUCCCACCUCAUAGUCAUCAUCUUAUACUACUCCACAGCCAUUUACACCUAUAUACACCCCUCCUCAGCCUACUCUCCAGACAGAGAGAUCACUGUCCUAUAUUCAGUUAUAACUCCAGCGCUAAAUUCUAUCAUAUACUUUCUGAGAAUAGCGAGGUCCUCCAAGGAUCUGUAUUGGGACAAGUGCUGGUCAAUAUAUUCAUAA